AUGCGCUGCGCGAACUCAGAAAGGGCAGCAAUAGUCCUGCUGAUAGUAGCCGCAAUCCAGGCGGUGGUGCUGGGCACAGCAGUCAAGGUCACGGACGCAGACGAGGUGCACCUGGCCAAGGACCUGGAGCAAUCCUUCAGGCUUGCCAGAGAGAACAACCCAACCCAUGCUGCUCUGUGGGCGGCUACGCAGCACGAGCUAAACUGCUGCGGCGUGAACGGCCCCGGCGACUACCGCUCCUCAAACCUGCCUGAUUACUUCCCCCCAAAUAUUCCCAUCGCCUGCUGCCCCAAGUACGACCCUGAUCGCUCCGAGCUGGUCCAGGAGAGGGAGCGGGAGUUCUGUAAGGCCAAGAAGACGUACUACGAUAUUGGAUGCAAGGAACAGGUGUUGGAGGGCUUUAGGGCGUCAGCGAAGCUGGUGCUUGCGAUCACUGUGUCGCUGAUUGUUUUUGAGGUCCUUUUGGCAAUCACUUCAUCGAUAUUGUACAAGAAAGUAAAAAAGUACAAGAGUCGUCGUUCUGGCGAUGGGGACCCACAUUCGAAGCCCUAAAAUACCGAAAAUGUAAUCUAGCCAUCGUUAAAAUCCUUUUCACAUGCUUUCAAAAUAUUCGAAAGUGAACAAAUUCCAAUUUCUUGUAAUUUAUUAUUCAUAUAUAGCGCCAUCUAGUAGAUAAGAGGUUAACUUAUACAUACCAAGAAAUGGUGCCUACAAUUUUGAAACUUAUUUCGGUUUCUCUAUAAAUAUUAAAUUGAAAUAACUAAUUGAAUUAAUUUAAAACUAGGUAUUUUAAUGCGAGACUUAUUAAAAUUGAAUUUAUAUGCAAGUAUGUAAUAGGAUUAAAUGGGGCUUAGCAUUAAACGAUCUCAGUGCCAAGACAAGGAACUGUAAUACGCAGUAGGUUGAACUGAACUAUGUAUUUAAAGCUAAUAAUAAUUUAUUUGUAAUCUUAUUAGUAGGAAUCGCUAUUAUAAUAUUUCUUAAAAUAAAGAC